AUGUCGUCCUUCGAGUCGGUUGUUGUCAUUGAUGGCAAGGGCCACCUCCUUGGCCGUCUGGCCUCGGUUGUCGCUAAGCAGCUUCUCAGCGGUCAGAAGAUCGUUGUAGUCCGCUGCGAAGCUCUCAACAUUUCUGGCGAGUUCUUCCGCGCUAAGCUCAAGUACGCCGCCCACCUCCGCAAGACCACCCGCUACAACCCCACGCGUGGUGGUCCCUUCCACUUCCGUGCCCCCUCGCGCAUUUUCUACAAGGCUGUCCGUGGCAUGAUGCCCCACAAGACUGCCCGCGGUGCCGCCGCCCUCGAGCGCCUCAAGGUCUUUGAGGGUGUCCCUCCCCCCUACGACACUCAGAAGAAGAUGGUCGUUCCCCAGGCUCUUCGCGUUCUCCGCCUGCAGCCCGGCCGCAAGUACUGCACUGUCGGUCGUCUCAGCCAUGAGAACGGCUGGAAGUACCAGGACGUCGUUGGUCGUCUCGAGGAGCGGAGAAAAGCCAAGGCCCAGGCCUACUACGAGCGCAAGAAGACCGCUGCCCGCCAAGUUUCCGAAGCGAAGAAGGCGGCCGCCAGCGCCAAGGGCGAGACGGCGAAGGCACUUGCUGUCUACGGUCACUAA